AUGAAUAAUAAUAAUAAUGAUUUGACCUCAACAGAUGCUUUUGGCACGAAAGGAGUGAAUGAAAUGAGGAGGAAUGCAUUGUGCGGUGCAGUGGCGCUGGUACCAAGUAUGCCUGAGGAUCGAAUACGACUAGGUGGCCGGCCAGGCCAGCCCAGUCGUCCACCUCCACCUCUCUGGCUCAUUGCUUUGGCCCUGAUGCGUUAUGGAGGCAAUCUGGAGGUGGCAGCACAAAAUGCAAAAACGCCAUCGCCUCGAGAGUCCGAACCAUAA